AUGAAAGAUAUUAGACUAAAGGAUCUUCCAAGCUUCCUCAGAGUCACUGAUCUUAAUAAUAUUAUGUUUGAUUUUUUGGGUUCUGAGGCACGAAAUUGCUUGACAUCAUCAACAAUCAUCAUUAACACAUUUGAAGAAUUGGAAGGUGAUGCCCUUGACACUCUUAGAGCCAAAAACCCAAACAUAUAUACUAUUGGCCCAAUUCACUUGCUUUGUACGAAGUUUCCUGAGUAUGAAAAUGGUUUCAUGCUAAGGGGUUCAAGUUUAUGGAAAAAUGACUCAGAAUGCAUACAAUGGUUGAAUAAAUGGGAAUCUUGUUCAGUCCUAUACAUUAAUUAUGGAAGUAUAACUGUUAUGACAAAUUAUCAUUUGAAAGAGUUUGCUUGGGGAAUAGCAAAUAGCAAAUUACCAUUUUUAUGGAUAAUGAGACCAGAUGUAGUAAUGGGAGAAGAGACUUCAACUUUGCCACAAGAUUUUUUAGAUGAAGUUAAGGAUAGGGGAUACAUAACUAAUUGGUGUUUUCAAGAUCAAGUUCUUGAUCACCCUUCAAUUGGGGGAUUUCUAACUCAUUGUGGUUGGAAUUCUACACUUGAAGCAAUUUCUUCAAGUGUGCCUACAAUUUGUUGGCCUUUCUUUGCUGAGCAACAAACUAAUUGUAGGUAUUUAUGCAACACUUGGAAAAUAGGAAUGGAAAUUAACCAUGAUGUGAAAAGGGAUGAGAUAACGAAACUUGUUAUGAAAAUGAUGAAAGGAGAAGAAGGGAAAGAAAUGAGACAAAAGAGUUUGGAGUGGAAGAAGAAAGCUAUAGAGUCUACUGAUUCAGGAGGAUCUUCGUAUGACAAUUUUUAUAAAUUAAUGAAAGAGGUUCUUCACCACAAUGCUACUCAUUUGAUCAUAUAA